UGUGCUGUAUUGUACUUUGUCUCUCGCGAAUAUAUUCUAGCCUGGCGUUUGAAAGCAGGUAAUUACAGUGUACAUCGCAUCCUGCAUGUGUUAAUCAAAGAUUAGGAAUGAAGCGAGUCUACACGCAGCAACAGAAAGAGAGGCGCUCCCAUUUUAAAUCACUGCUUUUAUUGUACGGAAUAUUAUUUGAAUUUUAACAACCUUACCCCUUUGCCUUGAUUCCUGAUCUUAGCCGACAUUUUAAUCCUGCCUUCAUAUUCCGAACCUAUUAAAAAAAAAAAAAAUCUCUAAACAAGAACAGAACAGCUUGUAUAGCACCGCAUUCCAAUCAGAAACGGUUCCCUGUUUCAUAUUCACCUUUGUACAGCGCGUAUAUGUAAUAUAUAUAUAUAUAUAUAUACAUACACACAACAAGUGUCUACAGAAUGAAAGACGAGCUAGCACGCACGCACAGAUAGCCACACACAAAGACGCUCACCGAAAGAAGCCACACAUAUUUGGAAAUACGUUACCGGCAGCUAGCAAGCAACAAUGAAACACCAAACAUGCAUUUCAAGUGUAACGAUGUAGCAUUGCUUUCCGAAAAGGAUCCGAAACGAUCACUCUUGAUUGUAACGGGCACAGCGUUUUUAUUAGGGUGGGGGUGCAUGUAUAUCUGUCACUGAGUAUGCGCGCUAGAAAAGUGUUUUUUUUUCGGAAUUAUUAUUUAUCUAAGCAUUCACUUGGUCCAGUUUGGACAUUAUCUUGCAAGGGGCGCGUCUGCGCGGCGGUGGGGUGGACGGGGGGAGGGGGGUUGUCUCUGCAGCCCGAGUCUAGCCUCUGUGUUUGUGUCUGGUUCAUUUCGGAUUGGGCGAUGGAAACAUAGUGUGCCAAGCGUUCGCGCACGGUGGGCGGGAAUUGGGUUGUUUAUAAACCCGGUGUGCGCGCCGUGGGCGGGAAUACAAGACUGUGAAACUGAAGUCAGACAGACAGAGAGAGAUAGAGAGAGAAAAGGAGAGAGAGAGGAGGACGCGGAGACAGAAGCAGCGGUGGCUGGAGCUUGUAGGAGGAAGCGCGACUUCCCCUGCCCCUCCAUCCCCAGCACCUGUAUGGAGGACCAUCUCAGCCUCCUGCACUCGCCUCCUCCUUCUACUACCAAGCAUGGGAAAAACAACAACAUAGUAAACCCCGGCUACACCGAGGCCGAGCAGGACACCAUGACAGUGAUCACAUGUGAUAACAUGUUGGAGGAAACGGCAGGGCUCCCAGGACUCCACUCCUUGGACCGCUACGAGUCAGGCAACGAGUGCUGCGAGAGGGUCGUCAUCAACAUCUCGGGUCUGCGCUUCGAGACCCAGCUCAAAACUUUAUCCCAGUUCCCCGAGACCUUGCUUGGGGACCCCAAGAAGAGGAUGCGCUACUUUGACCCGCUACGGAACGAAUAUUUCUUCGAUAGGAACAGGCCGAGUUUUGAUGCCAUUCUCUAUUACUAUCAGUCCGGCGGGCGCAUCAGGAGACCCGUGAAUGUCCCCAUUGACAUUUUCUCAGAAGAAAUACGGUUUUAUGAACUAGGAGAGGAAGCAAUGGAGAAAUUCCGUGAUGACGAAGGGUUUAUCAAAGAGGAAGAGCGCCCUUUGCCUACAAAUGAGUUCCAACGGCAGGUGUGGCUAUUGUUUGAAUACCCCGAGAGCUCAGGGCCAGCCAGGGGCAUCGCUAUAGUCUCUGUGCUGGUCAUUCUAAUCUCCAUCGUUAUAUUUUGCCUGGAAACUUUGCCCGAGUUCCGGGAUGACAAGGACUACCGCGCUCCUCUAGAGCCGGUGAUAAAUGGAACCUCUCCCUACCUGAGCAGCACGUUCACAGACCCCUUCUUUGUUGUGGAGACGCUCUGCAUAAUCUGGUUCUCCUUCGAACUGCUGGUAAGGUUUUUUGCUUGCCCCAGUAAAGCCACCUUUUCCAAAAACAUCAUGAACAUUAUAGACAUUGUGGCGAUCAUCCCCUAUUUUAUCACCCUGGGCACGGAACUGGCCGAGAGGCAGGGGAACGGGCAGCAGGCCAUGUCCUUGGCCAUCCUGAGGGUCAUCAGGCUGGUCCGGGUCUUUCGGAUCUUCAAGCUCUCCCGGCACUCCAAGGGGCUGCAGAUUCUGGGGCAGACCCUCAAGGCCAGUAUGCGGGAGCUGGGGCUGCUGAUCUUCUUCCUUUUCAUCGGGGUCAUCCUCUUCUCCAGCGCGGUCUAUUUCGCAGAAGCUGACGACCCUUCGUCGGGCUUUAGCAGCAUCCCGGAUGCCUUCUGGUGGGCAGUGGUUACCAUGACGACUGUCGGCUACGGAGACAUGCACCCGGUAACCGUAGGAGGGAAAAUCGUCGGGUCGCUGUGUGCGAUUGCUGGCGUGUUAACCAUUGCCUUGCCGGUGCCGGUCAUUGUCUCCAACUUUAACUAUUUCUAUCACCGGGAGACGGAGGGUGAGGAGCAGGCGCAGUACUUGCGCGCUGGCAGCUGUGAGCACCUGUCCUCUGAAGAGGAGCUCAGAAAGGCUCCCAGCACUUCCUCUUUGAGUAAAUCGGAAUACAUGGUGGUCGAGGAAGGGCUGAACAGCGCGUUCAAACAGCCUUUCAAGAGCAGCAACUGCACUCAAAACAACCAGAACUGCGUGACCGGCAAAAAAAUCUUCACCGACGUUUAAAAACCAGUGAAACACGAAGAAGCGCUCUUAAAAACAAUACUACCACUACUACUGUUAGUAAUCGUGACGUGUCAGUGCAAGUAUGUUGUGUGGAGGCAACGUCAUAGGUAUAGUAAACGUGUCCUGUUUCGUGGUCAAGUUCAUUCGCUCUAGAAUAACAAAAUAGACUCGAGUUGUUUGCUAGUUCAUAAUUAGGAACGGCUGUCUCUGUGAGCAGGCCAAUGACAUCAGCUUUCCUUGUGUUUCCUUUAACUGGCAGAGGCGCUGUGUGUAAUUCAAACCGUAGUCUAAUGUUCAAAUUGAGUAUUUAGUCUGUUGUGUAUGUUUAAAAAAUAAGUAUUCAAAUGAAAUACAACGCAAAAGAUUAAUGUGCGUAAGUAAAACAAAUACGCGAUAAUAGAUGUGUGUUUAUUACCAUAACGUGAGCGCUGCGAUUUAUUAAUGUUAGAAAAUGAUUGUUAAUCGGGAAAGACAAGUCGUGUAUUUCAACAAAACUGAAAUAUAAGGACAGGCAGAAGAGCCCCUUCGAAUCUGAAAUGGAGACGUUCGUUAAAUACUGUGUCUUCAGAUGCCUGGUGAAAUGCAAUCUAAGUAUCGUACCGCUAUUUACAUGAAGCGCAUCUAUUUCUAUACGCCGUCAUGACUCGGAUACGUUUUUGAAUGAAGAGACUGGAUUGCGACAGGGAAUACUACAGGAAAAGCUGCAGGCUGUGCCGUUCACUGUGGACAGAUCUGAGGUGAACGUCUCGAGAAUAAAGAUGAGUCAAACCAAACCACUUCAUGCGGAUGCUACUAAUUCUGCCUGCAGUCUCCAUAGCAACCACCGUUUCCCAGGUAACCCCUUCUAACGUUGCCAUGGCAUCCCUCUGCGUUUCCACAGCAACCUCCCAGAUGGCUCUAAAGCCUUCAAAAAAAAGAGCAAGCCGCUGUGCAGCGAGCGAAAGGGAUCAGUGUGGCAAAAAAGAAAUACCAAUACAAUUAUAAAUAAAUGAGUACCGCUCCUUUCAGCACCUGUAAGGGGCUCCUUUACGAAGGCAGACGUCAGAUUGAUCCAGGUCUGUGCACUGAAUAUAAUGUGACCCCUCUAAUUAGAUAACAUUGGCUUACAUAUUGAACUGUAUCAGAUACACGUUCUCAUUGUAUAGCCCUAUACAAUGAGAUGGCUUUAAAUGGAACUGUUCAAUGUGAAACCCAACACAAGCACGUGAGCAGGGCCAUAUCUAAAUCUAAACCCGAGUCCUCCUAAAAACAAGAACACGUACAAACAACAAUUCUAUCAACCCAGAAUACAGCACCCCCCCUCCCCGACAAGAACACCACUGGGAAGAUGGGACCGUGAAAAAAGGAAGAUGCCUGCGUUACUUCAAGCUACCACCAGGGGGUGCUAUUCCCCACCAGAUGGGGAAUGGGGCGUUCAGUGAGCACAUGGACCCCUGAGUGGCUGGAAAGACCAAGAGAACACGGGUUCAAGCCCAGCGCUGUCCACAUCAGUACAGGUUUUGGUACAGUAGAAGACUCCUAGUAAACAAGUAUUGUUCCAGAUGCCGGUGAUCUGAAGGAUCCAGAGAUGCCAGCUCACAAGAAACAGAGGCAUUACUCGACCCCUCUGCCUUCAACGCCAAGCCUGUCACAGUUACUCGACAGCACGGCAUGUGAUCGAGUCUCUUCAGAGAGAGAGGAACAGCACGGCAUGUGAUCGAGUCUCUUCAGAGAGAGAGGAACAGCACGACAUGUGAUCG